GAUACGCUGAUUCACCUAAAAUUUCUCUAUACUUGUUUUUCUCUCUCUCUUAAGUUUCAUCUUCCGUUGUUUCGCUUUCUUAGCACACCAUGGAAGCUCAAACACACAAAGAGCUUGAAGAAGCACUUCUCAUCCAAACAAGUGCCCUCACCAUUGAACAGCAGGAAAACGAUUUCUCUCCAGAACAGGAAGAAGAAAAAGAAGAAACCAACAACAAAGAUUCUCCCCCGCCGCUGCCCCUAGAUGAAGUGGAAGCAAUUAUCAAAUACGAGUUCAAGAAUAAACACUUAUUAGAAGAGGCUUUUACGCACAAAACUUACGGCGCAGAUAAGGGUUUAUCUUAUAAGCGGUUAGAAUAUAUGGGCGAUGCUGUUCUUGGCUUGUUGAUUGUGAAAGAACAAUUUUUCUCUUAUCCAAAUUUAGGACCAGGAGAUUUAACUCCAUUAAAAUCAAAGAAUGUUGAUACUGAAAAACUCGCACGUGUGGCUAUUAAACAUGGCUUAAAUCGGUAUUUGAGACACAAACAACCCAAUCUUGAUGAAGAAAUUCAAGCAUUUACAAAAGCAAUGGAUGACUAUUACUUACAUUCAAAUGGUCAGCUCUAUGUACCUAAAGCUCUCGCUGAUAUUGUUGAGUCAACCAUCGGUGCUAUUUUCAUUGAUUCUGACUCGUCCCUCGAUGUCGUGUGGAAGGUUGCAAGAGAAUUACUUGAACCUAUAAUUGAGCCAGACUCAGUUAAAAAGCAUCCUGUUUCACAACUUCAUGAAGUUUGUCAGAAGAAAAAAUUUAAAUUACAAUUUGUGGACUUGUGGAAAGAAUCUACAAGCAUUGAUGUUUUUAUAAAUCAGAAAUUUGUUGCAAGAGGCAGUUAUCGCUCUAAGAAAGACAUUGCACGUUAUAGAGCAGCAAAAAAUGCCUUGGAUAAUAUAGAUAAGGUGCUAAGUAUAAGCACACCUAAUGUGGAAGAUGAUGCUAUUGAAGAUUGAUGUUUAUGUUUGUGAUUGAUUUUAUAACCAAUGUAAUGGUUCAAAAUUCAAUGGAUUGAAUUUUGGAUAAUCUAUCGGUAUUAAUGUGGAUGAUUUACUAUAGUUAUUUUUAGGUGGUUAAGGAUGCACUUAGCUCUUCCUAAAGAUCUUAUAUUUUAUCCUUCUCUGAUUGCCUGAAGAAGAGAAAAUGCAAGAUCGACCAUAAAUAUAAUGAUCUUUUUUAGAAAUUAAAUAAAUAUAAUGUUGACAUGUUAUUUAAUUUUGCAUUCAGUGUGUAAUUGGCUUA